UUUUUUUUAUUUUUUUUUUUUUUUUAGAUAAGACCUUACAUGUAUAUUGAGCAUGAUCUAGAGGGACGAAUUUCAAAGGUAGAUGGGAUCGCUUAUCAGAUAGUUCUUUGGCUAUCAAAACGAUUCAAUUUUACGUUUAAUCUGGUUGAGCCACCUGAUAGAACUUUUGGAGCUGUCGUUAAUAACACAUGGAACGGUAUGAUUGCGAUGACCAUCAACAGGAAUGUCGAUUUGGUGGCGGGACCAGUUAUCCCAUCGGAAGCACGAGCUAAAGUGAUUGAUUUCAGCAUAAGCUUUCUAGACGAACCAGCUGACUGUCUCAUUCCUGCUCCUACAUUGGACGAAAACAAAUGGAAUGCAGUUUUCAAGCCUUUUCAUUACAACGUUUGGUUGAUGGUAAUAGUCUCCCUUGCUAGCGUUGCCGUAGUUAGCUGGAUGACAAUGAAUCUUUAUUGGAAAUGGCGUUAUGAUGGAUCUGCCUCUCCUGGUAGUCCUCACUUCGUAUUGUCAUUCAAUCAACACGUUCUUUCAGCUUUGGCUUUGUUUUGCAGCCAGGGCCAACAUACUGCGGCUAGAGCUCCACAUUCGAAUAGAAUCGCAAUAUCCUCGUGGUGUCUGAUGUCAACUGUCCUAGUCUACGCUUAUUCGAGUUGCAUCAUCUCCUACUUAACAAUUCCUAAAUCGCAUCUUCUGGUUAACUCAGUCGAGGAAUUGGCAAACAGUCAAGUACUUCAGGUGGCCACUCACAAAAACUCCUUUUUUGAAGCCACUUUAUUGCAAUCAAGUUACGGCCCGUUGAAACUUCUAGGUGACAGCUUACGAAAUAAUCCUGAAAAUAGCUUCGGUGGUCAAUAUUACAAUCAAACCAGGUUGUUGAAUAAGGUGUUUGGUCGCCUUGCCCUCAUAACGGCUCGGUUACAAUUGGAAAUGCUAAUCGAACUGCACUACAGACAGACUAGACGAUGCGAGCUAACGUUCCUGCCCCAACAGUUUAUGCCUAUUUUGAAGACUUGUCUAGCACUCCCAAAAGGAUCACCUUACAUUCAUCUAAUCAAUUUGGGGAUCACAGAGAUAAAGCAGUUGGGACUUGUCGAUCGUUGGAUUAAAGUUAAUAUCAAUCAGACGAACCAAUGCAAACAUGGAGUCGAUAUCUUUCAACAUCAUUCAAACUCCGAGAUAAAACAUCCUCUUGCACUUUCUAACCUGGCAGGCGCGUUCAUUCUGCUUUUACUAGGCGUUUCUGUAUCAAUUUCGACGUUUCUCUGUGAAGUGUGUGUCUCCAAGAACCGAAAUCAACACUAGUCGAAUGAAAUGUCAACAACUGUAUGACAAAAGUGUUAGUCGCCAUUAGUAACUUCAUUCAUUUGACUUAUUAUCCCCUAGAAAACAGUAUCCUUUAUGGACACCGACUAUUUGUUUUGGAUUUAUCUCGUCAGUUACACGUUUUGUAAAGCAUACAUACAUUUGGAAAAGCAUACAUCGAUUUAUCAAAAUGCAUAUUGGUGACACCAGGAAUUUGGUCAGCCAUUACAAAGAUGCAUGUGUUGUCAUUGUUACUGACUGGAUGUAUCUGUACGUAUACUGUACGAAGCCUAUUUUCCUUUGCUGUUAUGUUGUUAUUUUUAC